UCGCUGACAGCGCUGGAGCGCGCCCGUGAGUGGAAUGUUCUGGCUGCUUGCUUGACAGCUAGCAUAAGGGACCGCGAUAUCGUCUGUCUUUUGUUUCUCGUUUAAAACUACUUGACUGAUAUAAAUCUACUCAUAAAUCCGCAAUGGCAUUGACGCCUCAGGUUUACUGGGCUCAACGCCACGAGGCAAUAUAUCUUCGGGUGGAGCUGACUGACGCUGAGAAUAUCGAUGUGCAAGUGCAUGAAAACGUCCUUCACUUUCAAGCUCUCGGCCACGGUGCUAAAGGUCAAAACUUGUACGAGUUCAGCUUGGAGUUUUUUUUACCUGUAAAAACACAGGUGGCUCACAAGUCCACUCAGCGGCAAGUGAACAUCAGCGUGAGGAAAGAGCAGCGAGGCUGGUGGGAAAGGUUGACCAAACAGGAGCGCAAGCCGCUCUUCUUGGCUCCCGACUUCGAUCGCUGGCUCGACGAGUCAGAUGCUGAGAUGGAGAUCAGGGAAAAGGAGGAGAGAAGAAACAGGCGGAAGACUUUCCAGCAUGAUGAGGAAGGAUUCAUCAGUCUGAAAACAGGAUUUUUGUUUACAUAUAAUUUGGUGCAGUUUCUUGGCUUUUCAUGGAUUUUUGUCAACAUGACUAUUCGCCUCCUCACAUUUGGUCAAGAUUCCUUCUACGACACAUUUCAUACCAUAUCCGGCGUUAUGUUCUUCUGCCAGAUCCUGGCAGCCGUCGAGGUUCUCAAUGCUGCUUUUGGUGUGGUCCGGACAGGCGUGAUCCCGACUCUUAUACAGGUGCUAGGAAGGAAUUUCAUCCUCUUUGUCAUUUUCGGUUGCUUGGAAGAAAUGCAGAAUAAACCGGUGGUCUUCUUUGUUUUCUAUCUCUGGAGCGCCAUUGAAAUAUUUAGGUAUCCAUUCUACAUGGUGGGAUGCUUCAACACAGAGUGGAAAAUCUUGACAUGGCUGCGAUACUCUCUCUGGAUACCCAUUUACCCGUUAGGUGUUAUAGCUGAGGCUGUUGCUGUGAUACAGUCCAUUCCCAUCUUUGACGAAACCAACCUGUUCAGCAUUCCUUUGCCGAAGGCCAUCGGCGCAUCUGUGAGCUUCUCUUACAUCCUGCAUGUGUACCUCGCUCUCAUGUUUCUGGGACUUUUUAUCAACUUUCGUCAUCUCUACAAGCAAAGGCAGAGGCGGUUCCGCACCAAGAAGAGGAAGGCUCAUUAAUGCAAAGCUCCUCACACACCUUUGCUGCCUGUUUAUUUCCUAUCAACAUUUCCUUGAGAUGGUCUCAUUUUACAGGCGUGUUUCAGUGUUUGCUGAACCUCCUCCUGCUGUUAAUUUGCGCAGUGCCCUUGAUGGUUUACGUGCACUACCAACUACAACCCUCAGAAUUUUACCACACGUCUUGCUUGUUUUGUUGAUGAAUAAAUUGUUAAAGUUCUUGCAAAGUUAAAAUAAAGGUUUUCUAAAUUUUA